AUGACUAAGUUGACAUGGAAUGAUGUUUUGUUUGUUUGGUCACGGGAGUGUGGAGAGGGUUUCGCAAGCCUGAAGGAGAUGUUGACUACUACGCCAGUGUUGGCAUUGCCAGAGCAGGGUGAGCCCUAUGUGCAUGGGAAGGUUAUUGCCUACGCUUCACGGCAGUUGCGGAACCAUGAGGACAAAUAUCCUACUCAUGACUUGGAGAUGGUUGUUGUAGUUUUCUCCCUGAAGAUUUGGCGGUCUUAUCUUUAUGGUGGGAAGGUCUCUGCCAAUGGUAUCAUUCUUCUGUACGGUCGGAUCUGUGUGGCCAAAGAUGAGGAGUUAAGGCAGGAGAUCAUGAGGGAGACUCAUCUGAGCAUGUUCUCUAUUCAUCCUGAAAUGACUAAGAUGUAUCGUGACCUCAAAUGA